UAUCAUAAUAGGUACUACCCUGCAUUAGUAUUUCUGCAUUUUUAUAUCACUUUGUCGGUUUUCCCCCCAAGGAUCUGCAGACGCACCUUUGUCACAAACCCUGAUACCGUAACUCUACAACGUCGAAUACCAAGAAACAAGGUCGAGUCCUAGGCUGGCCCGCCCUAUCAACAUGUCUGGGAACUUCUCCUUUUCCUUUUCUGGUGACGACAUAGAGGACGAAGGCGAGUUAAAUUCCGCGGCCCCCAAUGCCAGCGAAUCUGUGCAGCCGCAACCUUCCGCCAGUGCGUUUCCUGUAGCGGGUAAACCUUUACUCCCUGCCACUUCUCAUGACCUACAUCACAUGCUCGCUCAGCUACCGUCAAAGGUCGCUUACGGCAUCUUGGAUAUAGAUCUCGAUGGCAGUGGGGAUAUCCAGUUAGCUCGGAGAGAGCUCUGGGAUGUUAGAGUCCAACUUAUGGCCGAGGAUAAUGGGGGUGAGACCGAGCCUGGCCUGGGCAACCAUGAUGUGAAGACUGGUGUAUAUGAAGGCGGGUUCAAGUCCUGGGAGAGCAGUGUGGACCUCGUCAAGGUCCUUUCACCCUCGAAGGACUUUCUCGCUGAUGAGACCGUAAUCCCGACCAUUAUCGAGCUCGGCUGUGGCACAGCUCUACCUUCAUUAGCUCUCUUUCAGUGGAGCCUCAGUCGUCGGACGCCCCAGAAGAAUUCCACACUUUCUAUAGUAUUGGCCGACUAUAAUCCAACGGUUCUGCAGCUUGUGACACUGCCCAACUUUAUCUUGUGCUGGGCCCUUCAUCAACGACGGGAGCUGCCUCUCUUGGAAGAUGCGUUUUCAGAGGGAGAACUAGAUCUAACGCCAGACGUCAUUGGGGCCUUUGAAGAAUUCUUAUCGGCUCAGAAGAUUUCUCUUUCUUUCUUCUCAGGCGCUUGGUCGACUGAAUUUAUCGACCUUGUUAGUUCUAGAAAGAUACCCACUACAGGAAACGGUGCCAAACAGCAUACUAUCAUACUCGGCGCAGAGACCAUUUAUUCUCCCUUUGCACUUGGCUCCUUUACGCAAACCAUAUUCUCCUUUAUGAAGCAGGAGAGGGAGCAGGGAAAUGCUGCCGAAGCCUUGGUCGGCGCUAAGAAGCUUUAUUUCGGCGUAGGCGGCUCAUUAGACGACUUCGUCGCCAGGGCCCGAGAACUGGGUGCCAACGUAGAAGAACUCCGAGAAGAGGCAGAGGGUGUCCGACGCGGCGUUGUUCGUUGUAGUCUCCCUUAAAAACACCCACAUAGCCACAAGGUGAGGUCUAGGGUUCGCAUAAACCCAAGCUGUCGCCAUUCUUGUGAUAGUGAGAUACGCGAGGUCAUUCAUUCUCUCGCU